AUGGGUCAUAUCUGGGGACAUCUGCAGGAGGAGUUUCAGGCCCGGCAUGGCCACGCCGGAUUCCCUGUGGUACAUGAGGAUGCUGAGGCAUGCAAAAUCAUAACAGACAAGCUCAAGAAGACGCCAGUCCUCGUCAGCAGCAGACUUUUUGGCUGCCUGGCUGCCGCAGAUGCGAGGUGGGUCUGCUCAGCCGAGCAAGCUUGGCAUACAGAGCGUUUAAAAGCUGUUCGGCACUGCCAACCAGAAAGCCUUGAUGUCGAACCAUAUCCGACAAUAGUUCGAGUUCUGGAAGCUUCCGUUGGCAAAGUUCAUCCGCUACCGAAACUUAAGCUGGUCAGUACCAGGGUGCUUGAUGAGGUCUCUGUGCUUGACUACGGCGGCCUCGCAGCUUUCGAACUGAGAGGCUUCGAAGCUGUGGGCCAAGCACAUUUGUGUGGUACAUACGAGGAAUGCAGAAACUGUCUCGGGCAUGGCAGGCCAAUAUUUAAGAAACGAGGUGGAUCAAGCGGAGAUCUCUACAUCUUUUGGACCAAUGGGUGGUUGCUGUCCGGAAUGCCGCUAGAGUACUUGCACCGCUGCACCUAUCCAGGGAGAUACGCGGAUUGUCUUUAUCAGAACUGGUGGGGAGAGAGCUGCUGUGACUGGAGUGUGUGGGAUGGAUGUGCAUGGAAUGCCUGUAUCACCACCGUCAAGCCGGUUGGAAGCUCCAGAACUGGACGGAUGAAACAGUCGAAGCUCAUCCUAAACGCACUGGCUAUCAAGGACCUGUUGCAACCAAGCAGCAGCGAAAAUAGAAAGGGCUGGGUUAUCCGAUUGUUCAACAUGCUCUUCGAUGCCGUGCUCCAUGAUUUCAAGCAUGUCGCAAAGCUGCAGCUCCCACCUGCGAUAGAGCGAGAAGCACAAGAGUCACUUAUGGGAGAGAUGAUGGACCUUGAUCUACACACUUUCCAAAGACAUGUUGACAAGCUGCUUGGUGUUGAUAGAGCCUCUGUUAUCAGAGGACGACUCACAGAAUGGCUAGAAGGAGAUAGCGAUGAAGAGGACGCAGACGAUCCAGUAGAGCAGCACGCGCGCAAAUUGAUUCGAGAGCAGAUUGAACUUGGUGUCCUGCGAGUCAACCCAAAAUACAACGACAGCUUGGCUUGGGUUGGCGAUGCAGUCUUGGAUGCGUCUCUCGGCUUGCUUGGUGUAGAGAGUGGAUUGCGACCAAGAGAACUCGAUCAGCUCCGUCAGAGACUGUUUUGCACAAAGCGCAUGAGUUGUGAUGUUAGUGCCCUCGGCUGGAAGAGGAUACGAGAGGCCGCGGAACGUCGAGAGCAGAGAGUUGGGGAGCUCACCAUGGAGCAAAAAGCGGAGUUGACCCGGAUUUAUGAUCGGAUCUUGAGCAAUGCCACAGUUCCCCGUGCGGAAGACCCCGUGCGGGAGCAUUCCUUCUUGUCCGAGAUCAGGAUGUCUGUCAAGGAAGCUCGCGCAUCCGCCUCCAACAUCGCACUUCGCACGAGAGAGUGGCUGGACUACAGUGAUGGUGGUUCCUAUGCCAACAAGACAGAACCUACUGCUGGCAACGAUGUAACAUACAUUCCAAAGCUUGUGGUGUGUCAUGGUUUUCUUCAUGGCACAUGCCGGCAUGGACUUGCGGCAAAGCCCAUCCUUGUAAGUUUUUUCAGCGGAGUGCUUGCAAGCAUGGCAGCAGCUGCCGCUUUGACCACGUGUCCUGUCCAGAGAUCGCAUGGUGAGAGGGUCACACCUCAAGUUAUCCUGAACUGCUGA